AUGCACCUGUGUGACCUGCACCUGUAUGACCUGCACCUGUGUGACCCGCACUUGUGUGACCUGCACCUGUGUGACCUGCACCUGUAUGACCCGCACUUGUAUGACCUGCACCUGUGUGACCUGCACCUGUGUGACCUGCACCUCAUGGGCCUCAUCAUGUCUCUAAUCAUGUCCCUCAGCAUGGGCCUCAUCAUGUCUCUAAUCAUGUCCCUCAGCAUGGGCCUCAUCAUGUCUCUAAUCAUGUCCCUCAGCAUGGGCCUCAUCAUGUGUCUAAUCAUGUCCCUCAGCAUGGGCCUCAUCAUGUCCCUCAUCAUGGGCCUCAUCAUGUCUCUAAUCAUGUCCCUCAUCAUGUCUCUAAUCAUGUCCCUCAGCAUGGGCCUCAUCAUGUCUCUAAUCAUGUCCCUCAGCAUGGGCCUCAUCAUGUCUCUAAUCAUGUCCCUCAUCUUGUCCUUCAUCAUGUCCCUCAUGUGCAUCAUCAUGUCAUUCAUGUGCCUCAUCAUCUUCCUCAUGCACCUCAUCAUGUCCCUCAUGUGCUUCCUCAUGUCCGUCAUGUGCCUCAUCAUCUUCCUUAUGUGCCUCAUCAUGUCCGUCAUGUGCCUCAUCAUGUCCCUUAUAAUGUCCCUCAGCAUCUUCCUCAUGUGCCUCAUCAUGUGCCUCAUCAUGUCCUUCAUGUGCCUCAGGACUGGGCCUCGUCGCUCACACUGUUUAUCUUCUGGAAGUUUCUCCCAAACGGCAGCGAGCUGCAGUCAGCGUCACAGUCGCAGCUUUCAUCUCUUUGGGAAAGUUCACCGGACAACUGUUAGGACUGAGGAAGCUCCUCGGGACCUCUGGCUCCCAGGGAGCUCCUGGGGACCUCUGACCUCUCGCUCCUGGAGACCUCUGACCCUCAGGGAGCUCCUGGGGACCUUUGACCUCUCGCUCCUGGAGACCUCUGACCCUCAGGGAGCUCCUGGGGACCGCUGA